AUAACUCUCUUAUCCAUUCACAAAAUACCACCUUCUUAAAAUCUACUCUAAAGGAAAAAAAGAUAUAUUCUUGCACAUCUCUUUUUAGUUACUCCACACACAAAAACACAUUCUUUUUUCUUGAAUCAAACAACCCGAAAGGCGAUAAUCGAAGAUGAUGUGUAUGGUUUCUAGAACUGGCCGGGAAUUGCAACGUUAUGACAUGGGUCGUCGACUUGUUGUCGGGUGUAUUCCAUAUAGAUAUAAAAAUGAAAAUGGUGAGCUUGAAGUCUUAGUUAUCAGCUCGCAGAAAGGCCAUGCUAUGAUGUUUCCUAAGGGAGGUUGGGAGCUCGAUGAAUCUGUCGAAGAAGCUGCUUCGCGUGAAUGCUUCGAAGAAGCCGGUGUUGUUGGAGUAGUCCAGUGUACAUUAGGAAAAUGGAGUUUUAAGAGCAAAAGCCAAGGAUUAUACCGUGAAGGCCACAUGUUUCCGAUGCUUGUCGCCGAACAACUUGAACUUUGGCCGGAGAAAAACCUUAGGCAAAGAGUUUGGAUGAAAGUAGAAGAAGCAAGAGAAGUAUGCCAGAGUUGGUGGAUGAAGGAAGCUUUGGAUGUAUUUGUUGAGAGACUUGUUUCACCAACUGAAAAACAAUAAUGUGUAUCAGUUGUUUUAUUGUUCUUCUUUUGAAUUUGAAUAUUACUAUACUAUAUGUGUCAUGUACAUAUAUAAAGAAGGAAAAAGGCUCAUGCUA